UCCUUCUCCUGUGAGGACCCCUGUGCACAUGCUUCCUUGGAUCUGCUUUCAUGUCACCAGUCUAAUCCUCUGGACCCCCUGUUCAGCUUUAACAGGGGAAGGUGAAGAAUGAAAGAUCUAGAGCAGCUGAAGUUUCCAAUCCUCUCAGGACUGCUGAAAGAGGAUGCAGAUGUUGAGGUACUCUGGAUUUUUAGAAACCUGGCAACAUCCUCUCCUUGAAAGAGCUCUUGAUCUGCUGUAGCAGUCUGAUCUCCUUUCUGGCUUCGCUCCCCUCUCCCUCCUUCACUUCUUCAACAGCAUAAAAAUUGAUGACACUAGCUGGAUGGUCAAGGUAUAUCCCAAUGGUGAAGCACUGGGGGAUAUCCCUGAUUUCUGUGUUUAUGCCAUUGAACCACACCUGGUAUUGGGAUCCACCCCACCCAAGACCCCAGGAGUGUUCAUUCUCUCCCAGCCCGCAUUGUCCGUCGCUUCCCCUCCUCCCUGCCCCUUCAUAGGCGACUCCGGCGACCACCCAUCCUGAAUAUUUCACCUCCCAGUAAGCUCGGAAGCCCAAGAUGCCUUCUUUGCAAAGAACCUUUAGGGGAAAAGAACAUAGUGAAAUAAGUUGAGUGAAGAAAAAAAAUAAUAUAUUUUACAUCUGGAUUUAUGACCUACAAACUCAAUAAAACCUACCUGGGGUAUAUGCUCAUAUCUCUCUGGUCUGUCCAGGACGGGACAAGUGACAUCAUCAGUCAUGCGUGACACCUUGGAUCCAUCCUCUGUGAUCCAUAGCAUCUUAUUGGCUGUCUUGUCAUCCAGGGAAAGGUUGAUCCAGUCUGUGGGAUGUGGAAAAUAUGCAGCCAUGACGGAUGAAAGCGAAGAAACUACAUCUCAUGAGAGGCCGAGACAGGCUCACUGCAGCAGCUUAAACGGCCGGUAUCAAGAUGCCCGCCACCAACAGAAUCAUUUUGGACACCCGGAUGUCAGAUAAAGAGAAGAUCCCAGCCUACGAGUCAAAUAUCCCCGAACCAAAAUGCAGAGCUGAUCUCAUCAAACACUGGUUCAACCUUUCCCUGGAUGACAAGACAGCCAAUAAGAUGCUGUGGAUCGGAGAAGAUGGUGCCAAGGUGGCCCGUAUGACUGAUGAUGUCACUUGUCCCGUCUUGGAAAGACCCGAGAGAUAUGAGUAUUCUCCCCAGGUUCUUUGCAGAGAAGGCAUUCUGGGCUUCAGAGGCUACUGGGAGGUAGAGUUCUCAGGGUGGGUUGUGGUCGGCGUUGCGUACGAACGAGCAGGAAGGAGAAACAGCGAUGGAGCCUGCGGCUUGGGAGAGAACAAAGAGUCCUGGGCUAUUGGCUGGUCUGGUUCCCACUAUCAUGCCUGGCACAAAGGCCGCCUUUUACAGAUCAUGGAGAUUCCUAAGUACUCCACAAUUGGCGUAUACCUUGACCAGCCUGCUGGCAUCCUAAAUUUCUAUGGUGUAGAGGAGGGAAAGGAGGAAGAGGAGAGCACAGGAGUCAAGGAGGUUCAUAUUUUGCAGCAGAUUAGGAGCUCCUUUGAGCAGAAAAUGAUACCAGGUUUCUGGGUGGGGCCACAGUCACACUGUUUGGUCAUAAAGAAGGAGGAAUAAAGGACUGAAUCCGCAUUAUAAUAUUGCAUCAAAAAACAUAAAAGUCAGUGAUUAUUAGCUGGACUCUGGCUGAGAGAGAGGAGUGAAACUAUCUCAACCUUUUGUAAUAUAGCUAGAAUUAUGGCAGCUUUCAACAUAAAAAUUAUACCAGCAUGGUCCUGUUAAUAUUUGUCUUCCAUAAGCUUGCAUAAAUCCAACGCACAUCGUAAAUAAAAACAUUAGCACACAUGAUAUAUAUUGCUUAUACACCAUAUCUCUGAGGCAGUUAUACAGUUUGUAUCUUUUGUUAAAGGCCGUCAGGUAGCUCUUAUGGACUUUCCUGAA